AUGUUUGGGAAGGAAAUGCAUCAGUUUUUUCCUGAUUGGUUUAAUGAUCGUAAGUGGUUGGAGUAUAGCAUAACAAAAGAUGUUGCGUUUUGUUUGUGUUGCUACUUGUUUCAAAAUGAAUGUGGAAGUCGUGGAGAUGUGGUUGAUGCUGCUUUCACAAAGACCGGCUUUAGAGCUUGGAACAAAGCUACUGAAAGAUUUAGAGCUCAUGUUGGAGAUAUAAAUAGCAUCCACAACAAGUGUUUCAACAAGAUGCUUGAUUUGAUGAAUCAAUCACAGUCAAUACGCACUUUCUUUGAUAAAAAGUCCAAGAAAGAAAAAAGUGAGUCUCGGUGUCGCUUGAGUGCUUCAGUUGAUGUGACAAGAUUUCUCUUGAAAUUAGGAUUAUCAUUCUGUGGACAUGAUGAGAGUCGAUCUUCUUCAAAUAGAGAUAUUUUUCGUGAACUUUUGCAAUGGUAUGGAAAUAUUAAUGAAGAUGUUGGAAGCAUUAUUUUAGAAAAAGCUCCAAAAAAUGAAAUGAUGUGUUCUCCAAGUAUUCAAAAGGAUAUUGUUGAUUCUUGUGCUAAGGAAACAAUCAAAUCUAUUCUUGAAGAUUUAGAUGAGGAUUAUUUUGGGAUACUAGUCGAUGAAUCAAAGGAUGUAUCACACAAAGAGCAAAUGUCACUUGUUUUGAGAUAUGUUAACAAAGAAGGAGAAGUGAUAGAGCGAUUUGUUGGUAUUAUUCAUGUUAGUGAUACAUCUGCUUGUUCAUUAAAGGAAGCAAUCUACUAUUUUCUUUCAGAUCACUCAUUAAGUCCAUCCCAAAUACGUGGGAAAGUUUAUGAUGGAGCUAGCAAUAUGAAAGGACAUCUAAAUGGUCUUAAAACUUUGAUUUUGAAUGAGACUCCAUCAGCAUAUUGCAUUCAUUGUUUUGCCCACCAAUUGCAGUUAACACUAGUAGUGGCUCUUGCAAAGAAGGAUUCAAAUGUAGAUGACUUUUUUUGCUUAGUUACUAAUGUGUUAAAUAUUGUUAGAGCAUCUUUUAAGCGCAGAGAUUUAUUUCGGAAACACCAAGCUGAACAGUUAGAGGAGUUGCUCAUAUCAGGGGAAGUGCAUACUGGGCGACGAUUAAAUCAAGAACGUGGGCUUUAG